GGCGCGACUUCAGUCUACUGUUCGAACUUCACACAGCGAUAUAGUCAAAAGAUCAUCUUGCGCUGCGGUGAGCAAGUUGGGAGGAUGGCUUCUUAGAGAAUUCAACGACUAGCGAGAUGCUCGGCCGUGGGAAAUCCACCCUCUGCACCCUGGUGAUUGCAGCGAUCAUUCUGCAAGUUACACAGGCGCAAAAUAGCAGGGAGGGCAAGGAUCUCAUCUUCGACAUAAGCGACAAACAAAAGUCACAAUAUUUGAACCAAAACUUUGAUACGAACGCAUACAAUUAUGGAUACGAAGUUGGUCCUAAUGGACAGUUCCAUCACGAAGUACAUGGUCCUGAUGGGGUUACUUAUGGUUGUUAUGGAUACGUAGAUGCUUUUAACAAGCUCACGGCUACAUUUUAUCUAAGCGAUGGGUGGGGCUAUCGUAUCGUCCAUCCUGGAGACAAUGUAGAACUAUUCCUUCAUAAACAUGAACAUCACGAGCCGGGACAUGAUCAUCACGAGCAUGAUGAACACCACGAUCAUCAUGAUCAUCAUGGUAUCCUGACUGCAUGGAAGGAUUUGUAUUUCCCGCCAGUCUGUGGACAAUUCGAAGGUCUUAUCACGCGGCCAAUUAUUUCACCACCUACAAAACCAACUAUACCAGAUAAACCCGGAUCGACAGGUCCGGGAGGACCGACGGGACCAAUAGGUCCGACUGGACCAACAGGUCCGACAGGACCAACAGGCCCGAUUGGAGGUGAUGGUGGUAUAGGAGGAACUGGGUCACCUGGACCAUCGGGUCCUUGGCCAGAAGGACCAACAGGACCUGAUGGUGUUAUUCGUCCAGAAGCAGGACAACCUGGAUUUGGUGGUCCAAGUGGAAAACCCAAUAAACAAGAUGCACCGGGGUCAGAAAAACAUCCUCGGCCUAUAGGUUUUCCUGGAGGUCCAGGCACAUCAUUAAAUCCACCCAAACCAGGAACAUCUGGGAAACCACCUCAAUCAGGAGAAGUGCCCGGACUUCCAGGAUUUCCAGGUACACCCGGCGGUCCGGGAACGCCUGGCACUUCUGGUAGACCAGCAACUCCAGGAUUCCCAGGCAUUCCAGGUACUCCCGGUAAACCAGCAACAUCAGGAUUCCCAGGCAUCCCCGGUACUCCCGGUAGACCAGCAAUACCAGGAACUCCUGGUGUACCAGGCAUACCAGCAACUCCAGGAUUCCCAGGCGUUCCUGGUACUCCGGGUAGACCAGCAAUACCAGGAACUCUUGGUGUGCCAGUCAUACCAGCAACUCCAGGAUUCUCAGGCAUUCCUGGUAUUCCGGGUAGACCAGCAAUACCAGGAACUCCUGGUGUACCAGCAAUACCAGCAACUCCAGGAUUCCCAGGCGUACCUGGUACUCCGGGUAGACCAGCACUACCAGGAACUCCUGGUGUACCAGGCAUACCAGCAACUCCAGGAUUCCCAAGCAUCCCUGGUACUCCCGGUAGACCAGCAACUCCUGGAUUCCCAGGCGUACCUGGUAUUCCGGGUAGACCAGCAAUACCAGGAACCCCUGGUGUACCAGGCAUACCAGCAACUCCAGGAUUCCCAAGCAUCCCUGGUACUCCCGGUAGACCAGCAACUCCUGGUGUACCAGCGAUACCAGCAACACCAGGAAUCCCAGGCAUCCCCGGAACUCCCGGUAGACCAGGAAUACCAGGAACUCCUGGUGUGCCAGCCAUACCAGCAACUCCAGGAUUCCCAGGCAUCCCCGGGACUCCCGGUAGACCAGCAACACCAGGAUUCCCAGGCAUCCCCGGGACUCCCGGUAGACCAGCAACACCAGGAUUCCCAGGCAUCCCCGGGACUCCCGGUAGACCAGCAACACCAGGAUUCCCAGGCAUCCCCGGGACUCCCGGUAGACCAGCAACACCAGGAACUCCUGGUGCACCAGCCAUACCAGCGACUCCAGGAUUCCUAGGCGUUCCUGGUACUCCGGGUAGACCAGCCGUACCAGCGACUCCAGGAUUCCCAGCUACCCCCGGUACUCCUGGUAAACCAGCAAUACCAGGAACGCCUGGCGUACCAGCCAUACCAGCAACUCCAGGAUUUCCAGGCAUUCCCGUUACUCCAGGUGAACCAGCCAUACCCAGCACACCAGUAAUACCAGGCGUACCUGGAACACCAGGCAGACCAGCAAUACCAGGAACGCCAGGUAGACCUGCCAUACCAGGUACUCCAAACAUACCAGCUAUACCAGGAACACCAGAAAUACCAGCUAUACCAGGAACGCCGGAAAUACCAGCCGUACCAGGAACGCCAGGCAGACCAGCCAUACCAGGCACUCCAGGCAUACCAGCUAUACCAGGAACGCCAGGCAGACCAGCAAUUCCCGGAACACCAGGCAGACCAGCCAUACUGGGGACUCCAGGCAGACCAGCCAUACCAGGUACUCCAAACAUACCAGCUAUACCAGGAACACCAGAAAUACCAGCUAUACCAGGAACGCCGGAAAUACCAGCCGUACCAGGAACGCCAGGCAGACCAGCCAUACCAGGCACUCCAGGCAUACCAGCUAUACCAGGAACGCCAGGCAGACCAGCAAUUCCCGGAACACCAGGCAGACCAGCCAUACCCGGAACACCAGGCAGACCAGCCAUACCUGGAACACCAGGCAGACCAGCCAUACCCGGAACACCAGGCAUACCAGGUGUGCCAGGAACACCAGGCAGACCACCUCUACCUGGAACACCAGGAAUACCAGCCAUACCCGGAAUACCAGGCAGACCAGCCAUACCCGGAACACCAGGCAGACCAGCUGUACCUGGAACACCAGGAAUACCAGCCAUUCCCGGUACACCAGGCAGACCAGCCAUACCCGGAAUUCCUUCACAAUCAGGGGAAGCACCAGGCUCAUUAGGACAGUCAGGAAAUGCGGGUAUUCCAAGUAGACCAGGAUCAUCUGGAGUUCCAUUGCAGACAGGUCAAUCUGCAUAUCCCAAACCAGGAUCUUCAAAUUAUCCAGGGGCACCUAACGGCCCUAUUGGUGGAAUUGGACCCACAGGUGGUAUUGGGGGUAUAGGAGGCGAUGGCGGUAUUGGAGGUAUUGGAGGAACCGGACCUGAUGGUCCCGAUGGUCCUUGGCCAACAGGACCACCAGGACCAGAUGGACCAUGGCCAGGCGAUCCUGGAUAUGGAGCUGCAGAAAAACCAUCGAUACGUCCUCAAACCUCUGCGAACAGGCCUAAUGUACCUUAUACACCGAUAACGGCAGGAUCUUCAUUUCAGCCAGGUGUCCCAGGAAAUAAUGUUCUUGAACCGGCAAAAAAGCCCUCAUAUCAAUCACAAAAACCAGGGAGUCCAGGAAAACCUAACUACACACAAUUUAAACCCGACUUAUUAACUCAAUUAGAAACGCCUGAUAAACAAAAUAAUUUUGGACGCCCAUUAGUUCAGAACGGAGCACCAGAUGCUAAUAAACCUCAACAACCUGUUUACGGUCAAUUUGGUUUCCAACAGCAAGGGCAAUAUGGACAAAGUAAUAAUUACCAGCAAAAUAACAAAUACCAACAACAGCAAAUUACUAUAAGCACACCAGGGGAACCAGGUGAACCCGGUGAACUUGGAACACCAGGAACACCUGGGACACCAGGAAUAUCCGGAACACCGGGCACACCUGGUAGACCUGGGAAACCUGGAAAGCCUGCAAAACCUGGACAAUACGGUACGAUCGUAUUUGGAUCACAACAACAGGGACAACAGCAGCAACAACAUCAACAUCAACAACAAGGAUUAACUGAAAUACAACUCAGUCAAAUUAACCAUGGAGGAAAGCCAGGGGAUAGUCCAAAUCAGAUUGUCUUUCAACAGCAGGGCCAGUAUCAGCAAUCCUCUAGUUUCCAUGGAAGCAAUAACUAUCAACAACAACAUUUUUUCGCAAGUAACCAAAAUUUACCAGGAACACCAGUGGCAUCUAGUAAACCAAGUAGCUUCGGUGUAUCAGGUCCUAUUGUGAAUGGCGUACCAUCAUCAACACAUCAAGUUACUCAAGUUCAAACAAGCUUUCAAAAACCCGGAAUAUCAAACAUUGCGCAAUACCAAGAACUAAGUUCAGGAAUUGGUAAGCCAGGAAAACCAAACCAUAGCUUUAGUGCUAUUGGCGUGCAACCACCAGGAUCUGUGAAACCAAUUCCGUUUCCAGUAGGACCAGAUCCUCAAGCUUGUCCCUGUUACGUAGUAGAACCUAACAACACAACAGCGCCAGUUACGAGUACUACGCCCCCUGCAGCUUUAGUAGGUCAACUGGGCUUUAUUCCUGUUAUAUUUGUACCGUAUUGUCCCGGGGCUACUGCGAACAGUGACAAUAUGAAGAUGGUUUUCCCUUCAGCAACACCUGUACCCUACCCAUGCAACGUAUGUGGUCCCCAGGGUACUGGAUUCACAACAAAAUUCUUGAAUAUCGAGGAGCUGGGAAACCUCGAGCACUUGAAGAAGGCAUUGAGUCAGGCUAAUCUUGGAUAUCUAAAUGUUCCUGUGCAAAGUCUCACGCAUCGGCGGAAGGUAAAGAGGAGGAAAAUCGAAUGAGAUUCUAUAAGCAGCACCCGCUCGCAUCUUGAGCGUUAACUUAUUCAUUAUUGAAAGAAGUGGAAUUGGUGGAAUAAAGACGAAAAUGCCCGUCCGCCAGCUGCUGGACAGCUGAUGGAUGGCCAUAAAUGGCUGGAUGGCCGGGUCCAUUUCGAGGACUCUACUUGCAAUCAUACAUCACUAAUUAAAAAGAAGCGCUAUGGGUUUAUUUUAACUAAAUUUCAUAUGAAUAUUUCCAUACGCUUCUUCUGUAAGAAUCUUUCGUCACCUUGAUCGCGUCUUUAUUCAUUAAAUUCUGAGUGUUGCAUUAGACUAAGAGACAUUUGAAUCCCAUGAAUGAUAUUCAACUUUUGUCUGCUUAAAUGAUGCAUCCUGUAUUACAUAGGAAAAUGAAGAAAGUUUUUGUGCCUUCCGUGAAUAAAUAUUUAUUCACUUUUUUAAAGAAAUAAUUGUAUUUGGCAAUAAUAUUUUAUUUUGUGAUUUGAAACUUAAGAUGAUUUUAAAUGAUCAUUGAUAAAUAAAUUGUACAAUUUUACAGUUGUGUGUA